GGACCGUUUCAACCAUCUGAAAUUUCUGUUUUCGUCUUUUUAUUUUUCCAACUGAAGGCCGCGACCAGACAUGAAUCCCGCGGACCAUCUUGUGGGUGCUCGCGGGGGCGGACAACCGGAAAAUCCAGUCCCAGAUGUGGCCCGGGACCAGGGAGACGCCAGGCCAGGUCCGCGGCGCGGGUUAGGUCGUGGACAAAGUCGGCCGCCAACAAGGCUCUUUUUGCCUCGGGUCCGUCCGUCUCACGCGCCGCACUCGCAGCCUCGACAAAGUCCGAGCGAUCCCACUCCCUCCAACCACACCACACCACACUCUCUGUCUUCCCCCGGUUUUUUUGGGCUUGGUUUUUUUUUGUCCAUUUUGACCUCAAAACUGCCCAUGAUAGUGGCGUGCAGGCGUGGCUUCUGCGGCGUGUAGAACCAAGUGACUCGUCUCCCUGGCCUGGCUGGUUUGGUUCCGUCCCAUCGACAGAGAUUCAUUCCCUAUUGAGUUAAUCAAUGACGCGCCGCGGAAUGCGCUGCAGCGAGCACCGGUGCAGCUGCCUGGUGCGUCCAUGGAUCUUGCACGGUUCCAGUCUGUCCAUGCCACUCGAGCAUGGGGCCGGUGACAAUCAAUCAUUUGAUGGGAGGCGGGCGCUCGCGUGUUUCGCAGGCCGACUCGGUCUUUGGCGGCGCAGGAUCAAACGUCGAGGCGCGGGUGGCGAAUGGGGAUUGCGGUUCUGGGCAUGGGAAAGGAACUGGAAAAGGGGGCGGGGUGGGCGCAACCUGUCGACGGCACAGCAAGCCCGCACCAAUGACAUGCGUUGCCGACGGGCAAUAUGCCAUGGUGGUCGACGGCGUGGGGGACUUGUGUGUGGAGCGACGCACGCCCUCGCCGCCGCCAACUGUGAGGCCAGGACACAGGCCAGGACACAGGCCAGGAUACAGGCUAGGACACAGGCUAGGACACAGGCCAGGAAACAGGCUAGGACACAGGCCCCUAAUUCCCCCUGGUCCGGAAGACGACGACGAUGGAGAGUAGGUGCAGACCUCCCGCAGGCCUGCCCUGCCAACGGGGCAUGGGCGCGGCACCUGGCCCGGCGCUGUUUGGGCCAUGUCUUGGACCGGGGAGUUUGAUUUCGCCCUGGUUACCUACCCAGUCCGGAGUCAGUACCUGGCUGGAGCCCAUCGGCCUCGUACUUAUUCAGCUGGUGCCCCCUGCGGUAUCUGAGAUGGCGCUG